GUUCUUGUGCUUUGAAAAGUGGUAGGCAAAUUUCAGAUUUGCAAAGUGGUUGUCGUUUUUCCCCUGUGCCACUAAGAAUGAUACAACGUAUAAAAUUAUUGUUGUACCUCAUUGAUAUUAACAAGACCAAUAGUUGCAAGACGGGGCAAGAAGGACUGGCUCUUUCCUUGAUGACUCAAAAAUGGCUGAAAUAAAAUACGUGGGAUCUUCGGACACGGCUGCAGUCUGUCGUGAGGAGCACAUCAACCACACCAGCGAGCUUCGCUGUAUUAAGGAGUCAGAUGUAAUUUUGACGCCGGACCUGAUCGAAAGCGCUGGCGAAGGCGAGUAUCGUGUAAAAUGCGGAGCUGUGGAGUAUGCCGACCAUUUUUACCAACGUGGUGCUUUAAUGUUGAGUGAGGACUUUACCCCGAUUUGCCACGCGGAUGCACUCCUGUUGCGAAUCGUAUCAGUCUCCGAGACUGAGUUGAACUGUCGUGAUCCAGGAAUUGGUUUUUCAAAAGAAGGGCAAGAGGGUUGUCUUCUUACACAUUCUAAUUCUGGACCUUCUGAUUCUGCACAUUCUGGCUCUGCACAUAUGGACCAAGAACCAACUACUGUACAAUACAAUACAACUAAUCUCGCACAAAGUUCGGUGCAGACUGCUGAAGAGAUGAAUUCUUCGGAAAAGAGUCUUCGUUCCUCUUGGGCUCCUGGCAUAGUGCUCUCGCCUCUCGACAGCCUCUACAGGCAGAACUUUGCGAUGUUAAGCGAAAACGAACGCGAGGGUUCGGACGGUAGGCGCAAUUCCAUGUUUAUUGUUGGCUUAUUGCCAAAGACGUUGAAGCUUGGCGGCGAGUUUGAUAUUCGCCAUGCUGAUACUGCGGGGAUGCUGGUGGGGUUCGAGUUGAAUUGCGCACGCACGCGAUGGCGUAUGUAUAUGGUACAUCCCCAAAUGAUAAUUCACGAUCGACAGGCCAUUCAAGAGGACGAACAAACAAGCGUGCACCUGUACGCAGGUCCUCCGAAGACCCAAAGUAAAUCGGCAAGAAUUAUUCCACGUGCCGGUGAGCAUAUACGAGCUGUGUCACUGCCACUGCCUUCAGAAUGCUAUUUACAGCAAGAGAAUUCGAAGGAGAAAGAUGGAAGGUCCGACCUGAAUUGUUAUUACGAACAUGAAGAAAACAACCUCAACGCUUCCCCUUGGGAGCAAGAUGACAGCGUUUCCGAGAGCUCAAGCAGCGACGAUAACGACAUCGCCACGCGGCUGAGGAAAAUACAAGAAGCUGAUCAUGAAGAUGGAAAUCUUCAUGCAGUUGUAGGAAACGGUUCGUAUAGGCGGGGUCACCUUCAUGAUGACGCAUCAUGCCAUUUGACUCCGAGCGACUGGGAAGUGGACGACGACGAUGCUCGCACUGCGACAACCGAAGAUUCCUUUUCAGACGGAGAGGAAGGCCACGACAACGCUGCACGAGAACCCAGCAAAAACGCAAAAGAUGAAGAUAAAAAGCGCAUUUACUGUCCCUUAUACGAGAAUCGAGACCUCGAGUCUGCCUGUUGGCUUCCACUCGAACCGCCAGAAGCGCCGCGCCUGACUAUUCAGUGUGCUCUAGUGGAUAGAUACUAUCAUCACCGCGACAGCAACGACGCAGCACUUGAGCCUGGUGACGAAAAUCCAACUUUCGAAAAACGUGACCUUGUAGGAGAUGUUGAGACCUCCUCGAAAAAAGUAAUGUUGAAUGAAGAAAGUCGGACGAGAGACGCCAAGCGUGUGUGGCAUGGCCGAAGAUAUCUAAGAAAACUUAUAGUAGACAAUUUUGAAAGAAGCACGCCGCGGCGUGCCGCUGGAGAGCUACGACAACCAGAAAGAGACCAAGGUCUGAAAGACACGAGUAUACUUGACACCUUGUUCGGUGAGUCCGACUUCACUGAGAGAAACAACGAGUUUGACGCUGAUGCAGCGAAGUUUCGGCAUAGAACCAAGAAGCUACGGGUGGGCAUCGAUCGUAUCGCAGAAACUGUGCCAAAGGGCGCAACAAGGCCGCUGCCGCGGAGCGAAGACAUUUGCGUAGCGUUGCAGGUCAACAAUCGCUACGAGGCUGUCUUCGAGCGGUCUCGGUUAUCGAGUGCCACAGUUGAACUGAGUGACUACCGCUGGGUGAUUCUCACUCCAUCUUGUGACACACGGUUUAAGAUUGAAGCAAUGAUGAUGGGUAGGUCCGAGUAAGGAAGAAAGACGUGGAUUAAAAGCAUCAUCCUCAGUGUGGCGUUUUCGACCCAAUCUAGAGAAACCGCGCCAAUCUAGAGAGGUACCACCGCAGUGAGAACGAUCUACUUUGGAAGGUGUAAGACUGCGAUUUUUAGGUGACUGCAAUGGAACCUUUCUUCCUUUGAGAUGAACAUCUUGUAUUGUACAAAGGAGGGCAGCACCCUAUUCCAUCUUACUAUGUGCAUGUCCAUGUGCAAGCGUCGGCAAUGAGAACUGAUAUCUUUGGUGACAAGGAGAGGGGAAU